AUGUAUGUAUGCCUGGAUGGAUGUAAGAAGGGUUUUAAGGCUGGCUGCUGCCCACUGAUCGGACUCGACGGAGCCUUCUUGAAGACUCAGUUUGGGGGACAAAUACUCUCAGCAGUGGCUCACGACGCCAACAACCAUAUAUAUCCAAUUGCGUGGGCAAUUGUUGAUGUUGAGAAUAAAGAGAAUUGGAGGUGGUUUUUGGACAUGCUACUUGAUGACUUGGGUGACUACAUGGCUAACAAAUGGGCUUUUAUGUCAGACAUGCAAAAGGGUUUGGCUUCAGCAGUAAAGGAGCUUAUGCCCAAUGUACACCAUCGAUGUGUCUGGCAUCUAUGGAAGAAUUUUAACAAACAAUGGAAAGAGCAGGAGUACAGAGGACUAUUAUGGGAGUGUGCUAGGGAAACAACUCGCCAUGGUUUUGAUCAGAAGAUGGAUAGGUUAAAGAGACUCAACGAGGGAGCUUGGGCAUAUUUGGAUAAGUGGCCUAAAGAAGCAUGGACUAGGGCAUAUUUCCGACACGAUCAAAAAAUUGAUAACAUUUGUAACAAUGCCUGCGAGGUUUUUAACUCGAGGAUCAAGGAAUACAGAGCUAAGCCUAUAAUCACCUUGUUAGAGGAGGUUCGGAUGUUUGCGAUGCGGUCCAUUGCAAAAAACAAGGUCAAGUUAUCCCACCAUGUUGGUAAGCUCCCACCAAUCCAACAUAGUAGAUUGCAGAAAAUUCGGAAAGAAUCUCAAAAAUGGACACCGAUCUGGAGUGGAGACGAAGAGUAUCAAAGAUUUGAGAUCCACGGUUGGCCUACCAACAUGGCUGUUGACUUGGGAAAGAGCAUAUGCACCUGUAGAUUUUGGCAAAUAACAGGCAUGCCGUGUGUCCAUGCAUGUGCAGCCAUCUCCAAGAUAAAUCGAAAUGCUGAGGAUUUUUGUCAUCAUUGGCUGACCAUGGAAGCUUAUAGAGAUACCUACAAGCACUCUCUCAAUCCAAUACCAGGACAAGAUCUUUAG